UUUUCCCACUUCCCUUCCGCUGGUGUGUUUUUAAACUUUGGAAGAAAGGAAAAAAAAAAGUGCAAGACACUGAUGGUCCCGUUUGGAUAAAUAAAGCGGAGAAGCGCGCGCCGGUGGAAGAGAGAGCGACAGGGAGAGAGAGAGAAGAGAGAGAGAAGGGGGGAAAACCGGGUUCAUUCCUCGGUUCUGGCUCUGAGGGGAGACACCGCGGACUUUUUCAUUUUUUGGAGUGGAAAGUAGGAUUAAAAAAAAGAAGUGCACCGGAACUGCCCAUCGGGGUUUUCUUUAUUUUUUUUUUAUUACUGACUCGAGACGGAUUUAUAGUUGAGUCCAAACCUGAUCUGCGCGUGUCUUAGGUCAAGCACAGCGGGAACGCACUUGGGUCAAAAUGAGAUUAUUGAUGGCACCGAUGCGGUAGUGAUCUGCCCGGAGGAGACAAAAAAAAAAAGGAGUGAGAUACUAAAAAAAAGAAGGGGAAAAAAGGCAUUUUGAGAACAUUCGCGGAGGUUUGUGUAUUUUUUUUUUAACCCCCUUUCAGGAGGGAUGGAGCCGGUCUGGGGAAAGGAAGGCGCGCCGGUGGGAUGUCGCCUCUGGAGGAUGGGGCUGAUGCUGCUUCUGCUGCUGCUUUGGAUGCAAGUGUCUGAAAGCCAAGCAGGAGCAGCAGGAGGUGGACCAGGAGGCAGCUUCGACUCCCUCCAGACUCGUUUCUCCUCCUCUCUUCCAACCUACCUCCCCGUCCAGUGCCAGCUGAGCGGCGCAGACUCCGCCUUCUUUCUGCGAGAAGCCAAUCAGGAGGUCAUGCGAAACGGCAGCUUAUCGUCACGGACCGAGCCCUUCUUCAUCCAGCAGCUGGAGACCGGCGUCAGCGCCCCGCAGUCCCUGCCCAACAUCAACUGUAGCUACGGAAACCUGAGCACCGAGCAACCAAUCCCAGUGGAGCUGCUUCAGGGCCCGCCCCCUCAUCUGACGCUGACCACCAACCAGGUGACUCUGAACUGGAAGGUCAAGGGUCAUGUGGUGGUGCCCAAAGUGGGGUCGACACGGCCCUGGAUACAGGUUUUGUUUUACCUGGUCGGGCGGCGCUGGGACGAGCCGGACCCACCUCCCCCACACCUCCUUCCAUGUGUCAGGGCCGUGGCCAUCCGGGACAGUAGCGAGGCAGCUCCCUCAGCAGGCUGCCGGCUUGUGGGACCAUCUGGCAUCUGUGUUGUCCGUCUGGAGAUUCCCCCAGCUUGGUUUACACCCCCACAAGUGCGAAAAAGACCUCCUGAAGGGGCUUUACCCACGGUGGAUGUGUAUUACUCAAUCAUACCAGUGGAAGGCCUCAGUCCAGAUUGUCCGUCUAUUGUUAACGAGCCGUGGAAGGGUCAGGGUACCAACGUCGGGCCCAUUGGAGGCCUGGGUCUUGGGGGACAGUGGAGCCCCCUAGUGGAUGGAGGUCUUCAGGACAUGCAGAAAGCGGGGUCUGUUUUAAUGAGCAUGGGCCUGGUUUUAGCCAAAGGGGAGAGAUUGAGACUUGAUGAAAAUAUUGAAGUUCUGGUGCCUCCCAGCCCGGUUCGGCUCGGAAAGACGGUUUCAUUUGGCAUCUACAUGAAGACCAACUCCAACACCGAACAAUUUACAUUGAGGGUGUGGUUUCAGUCAGGCAUCAACUUCCUGUCUGUGAAACCAAGCAACCUGGUGGCGUGGGAGAUCAAACAGGAAAUGGCGCCGGGAAGCAGUUCGCUGGCGGUGAUGUGUCAGAGGAAAGUCUCCUCCACAGCUGAAAGGUUGGAAAGUCCAUCAUACGAGGUGAUGCAGCUGGAGUUUGAAGUGGAUAAUGUCAUCAACUUGGUGCCAACACAGACUCUGCACUGGAAUGUGGAGUAUCCAACCAGUACGCAGACGGACAGCAGGCAGACCGAGAAAGUUUCACACCUUUAUAUCAGCAACGCAGACAUACAGGGCAUCGUACCACUGGCUGAGAAAAACCACGAGGAUCAUUAA